AUGGGAGACAAUGAUUGCAGUCAAUUCAAUAUUUCCUGUGACUGUCACUAUCAAUAUCAAUAUUAUGAUUACGAGGAUCGAGUUGUAUUGGGUCUUCUCGCUCUUCCCAUCAUGGCCUUCGGGAUUUGCGCAAAUUUGACAAGCGUUCGAAUCUUCACACAUAGACUAAUGUCAACAUCAUCGAUCAAUUGGUAUCUCGCGGCAAUGUCCGCAUCGGAUACGAUCAUUUUGAUCGCCUCUUUUUGUGUGUUGAGUAUGCCGAGGCUGGGCGAAUACUUGUUGACAUGGAAUGCGGCGUAUUGGAGUUACAUGAUAGCUCCGAUCAUGUUCGGUUUGAUGACAAUGGGACAGACAAUGAGUGUUUAUUUGACAGUUGGUGUCUCUGUUCAUCGAUAUAUUGGUGUCUGUCACCCAUAUAAAGCACCACAACUAUUGCCUAAAAAAAGAGUUGCUCAUUUCAUACUCGGAAUCAUCAUCUUUUCGAUUCUUUUUAAUAUCAGUCGCUUUUUCGAGGUACGUGUCUCAAAUGUAUGCUAUCGAAUCAAUAUCAAUUACUAUAUGCCGCAUUUGAUGAUGACUGAAUUGAGACACAAUGAAACGUACUUAAUGAUUUUCCAUGGAUGGGCUCUGACAAUCCUCAUGUUCGUUGUUCCAUUCACUCUUUUGAUCGGUUUCAACUCGAUGGUUCUCCACGCUGUGAGGAAAAGUCGACGAGCACAUAUGUGUGGUGGUGAAAGUGAUGAGAUGUCAAGGAAAGCUGAAAGGAAAGAACGACAGACUUCAAUCAUGCUGGUAGCCGUCGUGAUCCUUUUCAUCUCUUGUAACUCAUUGGCUUUCAUUUGCAACAUGAUGGAGAAUCUCGGUUUCAAGGAUUUCUCUGCGCUUGUCACCGCUAACAAUAUGACGGUGAUCAUCAACGCUUCAGUGAACAUCUUCAUCUAUAUGUUAUUCUCGGAGAAAUAUCGGCUUCUAUUGCGACAUUAUUUAUGCUGUGACUGGAGUCGACAAGGGGAAAUGCUUCUCAAUUCGGCAUUGAAUGGACAAUCAACAUCAACAAGCAAGGCAGAUCUUCCAACUUCAACCGGUGACCAGCAAUCUAAAACUUCAAUUGUUACAACUGUUGCAGACACAACAAAUCCAUCAGUGACAACGCUAAAUCCUGGAACUGGCAGCACAAUCGUCCAAUCAUCAACAACAAAAACAACAACAACAACCGCCACUCAAGCGCCACAAACUGGUUCGACAGACGCACCAGCUAGUGCUGUAACUACGACGCAAAAUAUCCCAACAACAACAGUUGGAGUGACGACAGCAACAUGGAACAUCCCAUUGAAUAACACGGAUCCGACGGAUCUCCUUCGAGCGAUCGCAAAUCUUAACAACACUGUGUCGAUUCUGAAAGCGGAACUCGACGAUCUUUACAAUGGUGUAAAUCUAAAUGGAUCAAACAACUAUAUCACUCAACUCAAUAAUCUCAACGCUACAAUUGCACAGUUGAACACAGAUGGUUUGCAGGCUCAAAUCAAUAAUACGAAAAACAUUUAUUCUGCAACACUGACAAAUAUUCAACCAUUGUUUGACACGCUGCAGUGCUUCAGGGAGAGUCCUUGUACGGUAGUGCCAAGUCCAAGUCCAAGUAUGUGCCCAACAAAUUUACUGAAUGCCACCUCCACCUCGCAGCAAUUCUCCUAUGCAAGUGGUCUCGAAUACAAUUGUACGACAGAGCUAAAUUCAAGCGAUGGAGAUCCGAUCGUUUACACGUUGAAUUUGACAUUGACUGGCAAAGCUCAACUCAUCGUUCAAGACAUAGGUGGCAAUGUCCAAGCUAAUUAUACGACCAAUCAGAUCAACAAAACUGAAUCUUUUGGACUGCUCGAGCUUUAUUUCAUUUAUUCAUUUACUCAAAAGGAAGAUACAAUCUCUUUGAGUGUCAUUUAUAAUACACAGGAUCCUUGCACAGGAGCAGAUUGCGGUAAUGGAACAUGUGUUGUGGUUGAUGGGAAACCGAUUUGCAAUUGUCUCGGGUGUCAUUCUGGGGCCAAAUGUCAAGAAUACCAAGACCCCUGUGUUGGAAGCCAAGUGACCAGAAAGUGUCCAAGUACAAGUGGUAACUGCAGUUCAGUUGAAACCAAUGACGCAUGCGAUUGGCAGUGCAACUGCAAUCCACCAUUGCAUCAAACAAGUGAUCAUAAGUCUUGCUCUUCUUCGGCCAGUGAUUCAAUGCUUAUGGAAGAAGUAAAGAAAUGGCUUUACUGGAAAAAU